AUGGUGAUUUAUUGGGUCUUGAGGUUCGUCUCACGAAUAAAUGUUGAACCUGUCAUUUUCUUGUUUUCGAUUGUAUUUGGAAUAUCAACAACGAUAAAACCAUUGGUUCUUUAUUGGGCUCUUUGCAUUGAAAUAUUUAUGGAUCCAAAAAAUGUAGGAAUUCUGGAAUUCUUGCUUAUUCUUGCUUUUCUUUAUUACAGUGUUUUUAUUUCAAAUACGUCAGUAUAUCUGAAUAUUGUGGAGAGAAACGUCUCGGCUUUGAUAAUUUAUUCAAAAGUUAUUGGUUGCAUCCCAAUUUUAAUCACUUCACCUAUUAUUGGAACGUGGUCAGAUAAUUAUGGAGGAAGACGUCGUCCACUUUUGCUUGCUUUGUUCGGUCUAUUCAUAUAUACGACUUCUGAAUUAUUAAUCGCUUCAAUUUUUGAAUUUAUAAACAUAUAUUAUAUCGAAAUUUCAGCACAAAUUUUAGUCGGAUGUUGUGGUGGUGCGACAGCAAUUUUUAGUUCUGCCUUUUCUGCUGUAUCUGAUCAUUGGCAUAUUUCCAUUUCCAUAUUAUAUGUGUUAUUUGCAUUAUCAAUAUUUAAUUUGCACGUGUACUUUUUAAUUUUACAACGUUUAUAUAACAUUCUUUUAGCAUAUACUUCCAGUCAUGAUGCGAUAGUUGAUGAUAGGAUAUCAGUGGCAAGCAGUGGUACAUGUAGUAAAAUAAAAGAUUUUUCAUUAGAAAGUGUUGAAAUUUUAUUUAAACGGAGGCGCGGUUGGACAAGAUUCUGUUUAAAUUUGUCGUUGUGUAUCGUCUUUAUAGAAUUUCUUAGUACAGAUAAUCAGUUAAUUUUUCUGUUAACGAAGAGGCCUCCGUUCUCGUGGUCCGAUUCGCUAUUUAGUAACUACUCACUUAUAAAAAAUUUGCUCUUUUCACUUGGUAUAAUAUGUGUGCCUCUUGUUCUUUCGAAGAUAAAUUUUUUUGGGAAAGAUUCUGCUCUUAUAAUUAUUGGUGUUUUGGCAAACAGUUUAAGUUAUCUGACAUUCAUUAGUAUUUUAUUUUCAGGCGCUUUAUUUUCCUUUAUCACAGGAUGUAUUUCGCUUGGUUUUCGCUCUUUUCUUCCGAGCUUGGUUACCGAAUCAGAAACCGCUAGAUUAUAUACUGCAAGCGGUAUUAUUCUGAUAAUCUGUCCUUCAUUAAAUGCCCUUAUUUUCAAUAAUAUUUUCAACGCAACGAUAGAUUUUUGGCCAGGUUUUGUGUUUCUCAUUGGUGCUAUAUUACAAAUGGUCGUUGUUUUGGCGCAAAUAUUAAUUCAUUGCUUAAUGCGACAACAGUGGAAUAAAGAAUCAGAAGACGAGGAUAUUUUUUUCGCUUCUGACGAUAUUCAUUGUUAA